UCGUCCUUCUCAGUGAUGGCGGCUUCGUUUCGUUCUCUCCCUGCAAGCUGUAAUAACAAAUGGUACUACACCCGGCAGCAGAUCGACAACAGCCCAUCCCGGCGAGCUGGACUUGAUCCCGACAAGGAGCUGUCCUACAGGCAACAGGCGGCCAACCUGCUCCAGGACAUGGGACAGCGGCUCAAUGUGUCCCAACUUACUAUUAAUACAGCCAUUGUGUACAUGCAUCGGUUCUACAUGGUCCAGUCUUUCACCAGAUUUCACAGAAACGUCAUUGCUCCUGCCGCUCUCUUCCUCGCUGCUAAGGUCGAGGAGCAGCCACGAAAGCUGGAGCAUGUCAUCAAGGUGGCCCACGCAUGCCUCAAUCCUCAGGAGCCUUCACCAGACGUACGCAGUGAUGCCUACCUGCAACAAGCCCAAGACCUGGUCAUUCUUGAGAGCAUAAUUCUCCAGACCUUGGCUUUUGAAAUCACCAUCGAUCACCCUCAUACUCAUGUUGUCAAGUGCACUCAGCUUGUCAGAGCAAGUAAGGAUCUGGCCCAAACGUCAUACUUCAUGGCCACUAACAGUCUGCACUUGACCACGUUCUGCCUGCAGUACAGUCCACCUGUUGUGGCCUGUGUGUGCAUCCACCUCGCCUGCAAGUGGUCCAACUGGGAGAUCCCCGUGUCCACAGACGGCAAACACUGGUGGGAGUACGUCGACCCCACGGUCACCCUCGAGCUGUUGGAUGAGCUCACACACGAGUUCCUGCAGAUCCUGGAGAAAACACCGAGUCGGUUGAAACGGAUUCGCAACUGGAAGGCUGGAGGUCAAACACCAAAAGUGAAGCCAAAAGUCCAGGAGGAAGGUGACCAGAGGGACACCAUGAUCAGCAUGAUCUCCAUGGCUUCGUCAGAGAGCACUGUUGCAGGUCUGAUGAGCCUCUCAGCGCCGCCGUCUGCCUCCUCUUCCUCGUCUGACAAAGGAGCAUCCGGCAGCGCUCAGACUUGGAGCGGGAAAGGUCAAGCUGGAGCCGAGCAGCAGCAGCAACCCAACAACGAGGUCCACGCCCCGGCUAAGGUUUCACUGAGCGAGUACCGAGCCAAGAAUGCCGACGUUCUGGCCGCCCAGAAGAGGAAGCUGGAGAACAUGGAGGCCAGCGUGAAGAGGGAAUAUGCCAACGCAGCUCAGGCUCUCAUUGGUCAGCAGCAGAGGAAGGAGAAGCAGCAGCAUCAUCACCAGCAGUCCAGCUCCUCCUCCUCUGAAAUGUCCAACCCCUCGCCCAUUAUUCUUAAAAUCCCCCUGGAGAAGGAGAGACACGACAGGAGCUCUCUGAAAGUUCGCUUCCCACUGGCUGGCGGAGGAGGAGGCAGCGGGCACAGCGGCAGCACCCGAGGUCAGGAUCCGGACAUCAAAGUCAGAAUACGAGUGCCUGAGAAGCAAAGGGGGAGUUCGGGAGAGGAGGGCAAGAGCAGGGACAAGCACAGGGAACGGUCUAACCACCAUCACCACCACCACCAUCACCACCACCAUUCCUCCUCCAGCAGUGCCUCACUCUCCUCCUCACACAAACAUUCAUCCAGUUCCAGCGGGGCACUGGGAAGCAGCAAAAAGGUCCCGAGUGACUCCUCUAGAACGAGCUCUUCGUCCUCUUCGACCUCGCGUAAGAGGACGCACUCCCAAGAUCCCACAGCAGGCUCUCACCCGGCCUCUAAAGUCAGCAAGUCCUCUAGGAACCCCUACCAGCUGCCGUCCCUGUCUUCCUCCUCUGGGCAAACUUUGGGGCACGGUCCUGACAUUCUCCCCGCUCUGGGCCUUCCCCACCACCAAGGGAGCUACUCACACUCCAAGAGCGACAAGACGGACACUAAUGGGCACAGUGCAGCGGGCGGGGCCCAGUCGAACGAGUACCAGGACACUUUUGAAAUGCUAAACUCGCUGCUGAGCGCGCAGGGGGUCCAGCCGUCCCAGCCAUCCAUGUUCGAAUACAGAUCUCAAUAUGGGGACUAUCGGUACUCUGGUGGCUCCAGAGGGAACAACCCCAGACCCCCACCCCUGCCCUCAGAACCGCCUCCCCCACUGCCGCCAUUACCCAAAUGAGUUCCUGAUCAGGGGACCACGUUGUGUACAUUGUACUUGACAUCAUAGACAUCCAUCUUGUUACAUAAAGUAUUGUAUAAUCUGUUUGUUUUUUUUUUUUGUUUUGUUUGUUUUUUAAAAACUCACCCAGCAUUUUUAUAGGCUUCGGUGUGACAGCAGAGAAAUGUACUGGUGGGAUAAAAGACUUUUAUCUUUUUACAGUGCACUUGUGGGGCAAUAAUGAGGCUUGAAAAGCUUGAAAAAAAUGUGAGAAAAAAAAAAAGAUUUACAGUAAAGUGUAGAUAAUAUUUUUUUUUUUUCCUUUUCUCCUCACUUCAAAUGAAAUGUGAUGAUGGGACCUGAUUUAGAGGAAGUCAGUGUUUUGGAAUCAAAGAAACGAGAAGAUUUCCAUCACAUACCUGUUAGGUCUUCUUACCGACUGUCUUUUUUAUAAUGUUUUUAUAGUGUGUUAUUUAUUAAUUGAAAGCUUAAAAGAAAAAAAAAGAAAUGGUCCCCUUUUCUACCUUUUUUAAGGUUUCCCCUCUUAUGUUCCUUUUGGCCAGAGGAACCUUUCUUCAUCAUGACUGUACAGGCUAGUUUGAGAGUGCAUGUCUCCAAAGCCAUCUUUUCAAUAUUUUUGUCCUUUUUCAGAAAAAAAGAAAAAAGAAAUUGUGUUUUUUUUUUGUUUGUUUGUUUUUUUGUUUUUUUUUUCAAUAGCCAUAACCUCUAAGAAAACGAAAUAGCGACAUCCCUGGUGUUUAUCUGUUUUAUUUGCUGCAUUAUUUGGUUAAGUUGUACAAAGAUUGCAAAACGUUUAAAACAAACAUGAAAUAUUUUUUACAUUUUGUUAUGGAAAAAAAUUGCAAAAAAAAAAACUAAACAAAAAAGAGAUGUAAAUUAAGAAAGCUUUUUCUUUUUAAAUUUUGAGUGUUGCAGUCAUUGUUUUAAAUGGUUGUAAAAUAUUCAUAUUCAGUUCUCUAAUGGAUACACUAAGUUCAUACCAAGGACACGCAUCUGUUCAAAGAGUUUAAACAUAUCGACCCGCUGCGGUCACAAUGAAGGAUUUGCCAACAACAAAAAAAAGUCUUUUUUGCUUCUUGUCAUGUACCAUUUUCCUCAGGAGGUUCAGUCUUUUAGAGCGAUCACAGCUAAACUCAAAGAUAGAUUUGGACUGCAUAUAUAAAUAUACAUCAUUUUCCGCAGUGUUGGUGUCAGCGCUGCCCGGCAGGUCACCCCUAAAAAUCAUGUCCUGGUGACCUUCUCCAGCACAGUAUACUAAGAGUAUUAUCAGUACACAAUAUUAACGAUAAAUCACAGGUCAUCUGUCUGUUUUUAUGUCAUUUUGGGGAUGAUUUUAACGUGUAAACUCCUGUGUAUACCUGUCUGUUCAUGCUGAUCUGAUUUUAAUCAUGUUAAAGUUGUCUUUUGACUCCAUACUGUCAAACUAAAUUGGUGGAUAUCCAGCUUGAGAUUGUUUUAUUAUCCAUCCACAAGCCAUUAUUCAUUUUAAAAAAAAAAGAGAGAAAAGAAAAUGUUUGCAUGUGUUCUAUAGUUGUGUAAAAUCAAAUAUGGGAAGCAGGUUAUCGAUAUACCUCCACCACAGGGUCUCAAGCAUGAAGUCUAGUACUUAAUCAGAAUUGAUGUUUUAAAUUUUGUGUUUGAGCAAAAACAAGCGAAAGAGGUGCUAUUUGUUGGCAAGAGGAUCGGGUAUCACCUGUACAUUUGAUUCAUAUUAAGCUUUAUAUGGGUUUGAUUGUGUAGUAUUACUGCUCUUAACCUGCUCUGUUUUAUCGGUUUGUAAUCAAGAAAAAAAGAAAAAAAAGAACCUCUUUGUUUUAGGCAGUUCACAGUAAUGCAGUACAACAAAUCAGCCAUACAAUUGUAAAAUAUUUUUUUGUUCCCUCGGUCUAUGGAAAAUAUGCUGGAAAAGAAAAGCUCCUUGCUCAGGCAGCAAAGGUUUUAUUAGUUAUUCAACUCUUGGUUGUAACAGGGAAACGGUAAAUGCACUGAAUAUUUAUCUUAGUAGGUUUGCCUACAAUGCAAUUGACAAAGUGUUACAUGUAUAAUUGUUAGACUAUUAGAAUAGAUUUCCGAUAUAUCAUUGCCAUCCUUGAAACUUGUUUUAUUUGAUCUGGGCAAAUCUUCCAAUUCAAGUAUUAACAUUAUGCUGUGAGAAAGUCAUAAGAAAAAACAACACAUUUCGUAAUUAAAAAAAACCCAUAUGUGAGACAAACGGAAGACACUCAUGCAACCUAACAAUGCAAAAAUCACAUAGCUACAAUAAGUUUCAUGGUUUUUCACGUCUUGGUGUUUUUAGUGACACUCAGGUCUGGAAAUGAAACGUUUUGGGAUUUUUUUUUUUUUUUUUUUUUGUUUUGUUUUUCAGUUAAAAAGUUAUAUGUGAACACUGUUCUUUUUGAUAUAAUGUGGUUGCUUUAUUCUCAAAGUCAAUAAAUAUUUUAAGAAAACC